UUUUUUUUCCACCUCUAUUCUGUUUGGCGUGCCGGUGUUCGCCUGAGUUCCUCUCUUUUUAUUUCCAUCUUCACCUGCUCGGUUUAAACGGUAGCGCUCGAUAUUAGUUUCUGCUAUGCUUAGAAUGGGACUCGCCUGUACAUAUUAUUCUCAGCGGCUGGUAGAUAUAGGAUCACCCUUGAUAUGCAAUUGCAAGAGAUUCGAAAAAUAAUCUCGGCCUGGUAUAUAACAAUUAUGCUCAAAUAAAUAUUCAAUAAGGACCACGCAUGUCUUGGUCAAUUUCUAGCAGCAGCUUGCAAUUUACCUGGGCCUGUCGUUGGUACCCCGGAGCUUCCCCACAUCGCAGAAUCAGUCAAUGUAAAUGCGACGUUGCUGCAUGUCAACUUCCUGCUCUUCCUAAUACUUGUCGAUGUCCAACUUGAAUAGAAUGAAUUCUCUUCACGAUGUUAGUGGCCAAGAAUAAUCAAGUCACCCUGACCAUCAACGAAACAGACGAAGUCAAUACCCCUCUCGCAACGUUUGUUUACUCGGAGACUAUCAUCCCAACGACAGAGUUACCAUUCUUAUCGAAUAAGAAGAGUCGCGUAGAUAUCCUUCCACCCCGUCUAUCAGCGUCCUCGUCGAGUAGUCUGGACCAAUUGACGUCGACUUCCGUCAUCAACUCAUGUAUCUCCUAUCUCAUGCAUGUCUUUCUCCCUGUGGGAUAUCCGCAUAGUGUUAGUAAGGAUUAUUUGGGGUAUCAGAUCUAUGACUCCAUCCAAGCUUUCUCAAGCUCCAUAGCCGGACUCUUAUCCUCAAGGGCUGUUCUACAGGGAGUCGGUGUCGGCGAUGCAGCAGCCUCGCCAACUUCAGCGCUCCUACUCCAAAUCCUUCAAGACACAUCAGGCCGCAUAGCGACAAUCCUCUUUGCGCAUCGGCUGGGCACUGCUCUAGAACCAGAGUGUAAAAUGUAUCGACUGGCGGCGGACGUGUUUAACGAUAUAGCCAUGAUCUUAGACUGUCUCUCGCCGCUAGUAACUCCCCGGGCAGCGCGAGUCGCCGUGAUAAGCGGUGCUGGCGUGUUGAGAGCAUUAUGUGGAGUUGCUGCGGGUAGUUCGAAGGCGAGUUUGAGUGCGCAUUUUGCUCGGUGGGGGAAUAUUGGAGAGUUAAAUGCGAAAGAUUCGUCUCAGGAGACUAUUAUUUCUCUUUUAGGCAUGCUGGCCGGCUCUAUAGUCGUCUCUCACGUCACCAGCCUCCCAGCAACAUGGAUCUCUCUCAUCGUCCUACUUAUCAUCCACCUCGCCACGAACUACCGCGCCGUGCGCGCCGUGCAAAUGACAACCCUGAAUCGACAACGUGCAAACAUCGUAUUCUCAACUAUCUUCGAAAGAGACCAAGUACCCACAGAAUCAACAACCAGUCUAAACCAGCAUAAGCAGCAAUCUGUUCCUCCCGAAGCCCUGAGACCCGACGAAGUUGCCCACCACGAAAGAAUAUUCGAAAGAGACGGAAUUCUCCGUUGGACUGCUAUCUCUUCAUCUAGACAUUCAACUAACCAAAACCUCGGAUGGUGCCGAAUUGGCGUCUCAGUGCAAGAGCUCAUCUCGUCAUUGCCUAUAUCAACGAACAUGUUGCCUGAUUUGCUAAAGCUGUUUUCAUCCGAAGCGUAUAUUGUUUGCCUCAACACUCUCCCGGCAUCACCUACCACGAAAAAAUCAAAACAGAAACCACGUAUAUUUAUAGUUCUCAAACAUGGCUGUACCCCCACCCAGCAACUGAAAGCGUGGGCUCAUGCGUUACUUGCAGCCAGAACGGUUUUAUCGUUAAAAGCAGGGUAUGGUAAUGAACAUACUAUGGAAACGCCCGAGACGCAGAUUCUGGAGGUACUGUCGUGUAGUUUGGCAUUUUUGAACUCACGAUUUGAUACGUACUAUGUAUCAGAAUUGAAACGCGCCGGGUGGGAUUUGGAGACGGCGGCAUUAGAAACGAGGCCGGGGCGAAGGAUUAGUAUCGUCGAGUCGUGACACAUUUGGAGUGAAUGUCAGGUGAGUGUAACAGUACAGAGAGAAAUUGAAGAGAGAGAUCCAAUCAAUGU